AUGUCUUUUUUGGAGCAGUUUGUGGUAGACCCCAUGAGAAUACAGGAAAUUCUGGACAGGGUGAUGUGUAAUGAGGCAGACUUUAAGUUCUUUGAGAAUAAGAACACACACCGAGAUAACACACCUCAGAAAGACAGGAGCCAGCUCACCUGCACGGACAUAGAAGAGAAGAGAGGAACAAUGUGUAAUUUGUUCAUUUCUCUGCUGACUGUUCUCUGCUUUAAUUGUCAUGGCCUUAAGGAUGUUAUCCACCUGGAUAUGGUUAAAAGUUCUGCAGCUUACAUCUUCACCCACAGCACAGAAUCUGAUCAGCUGGCCAUCAGCUACAUCCAGAAUGAAAUAGGUGAUGUUUGGGAAAAUGCCAAGAAUAAUAUGAAGUGCACUGACGCCAGUGGCCUCACAAAGGAACGCAUGCUUGCGAUUUAUGCCUAUACAGCGGAAUAUCCUGAAGAAAAUCCAUUCUACAAACAAUUCAACGAUGCAGUCAGGAAAUUUGGAACUGAUGAGAUGACAUAUGAAAACAACUUCAAGUAUAAAAGUUAUCAUUACCUGCUAGAUACUGCCCUGGAGAAACUGAGAAGCAAAUCCCCCACAGAGACCCAGAGGGUUUAUCGAGGGAUUCGAUAUCUGGCUGAAGGUACUGAGGGGUCACAGAUGCGCUUUGGUAUUUUCGCCUCUUCUUCACUGGAUGAAAAUGUUGCCUUGAACUUCAUUGACUUCAGUACAAAGACGAACACCAUAUUCAAGAUCAGAACCCAGUAUGGAGCACGAAUCCAAAACCACUCUUGUUUCCACUCAGAGAAUGAGGUCCUGAUUCCACCCUACGAGGUGUUCAUUGUGGGAAAGAUCACUUCUGAGACAUAUGGCAACUAUGUUUCUCUGAUGGGGGUGACGAAGAAAGGAAAGCAGAUGAGUUUGAAGAUGGGGAAGGAUGGGAAGGUAGUGGUGGUGCCCGAUGAGGGGAUAGCAAACUCAGCUUUCUGUGGAUUGUGGAUUCUAACAGCCCUGAUUUGUAUCUCUGGGUGAGGUCUCAUUCAAUUCCUGCAGUUCUAUCUUCACCAACCCGCCCUCCUCUUGCCCCCAGCUCACUGUAAGGUCUGGCUCUCUCCCUGCAUGGUGCUCGAAGUGGAUGUAAAAUAUAAAAGUGAAGAAGUUCUGGAGGACCCAGUGCUAUUGAGCAGAUCCCACCUUGCCUUGAACACUGCUCUCCAUCCCCUUCCCCAGACCCUUCUCUCUGCAACAUUUCCGUAUCGCUGCCUUUUUUUCCUCCAAAGUGAAAACCUCACACAUCCUCACAUUAUAUGACAUCCACCAUGUUUCUUGGGAAGACCACAUCCUCUAGAUGGGCUAAAUGGCCUAAUUCUGCCCUUCAGUCUCAUGGUCUUAUGGUCUCUUGAAGCCUUCUUGGGCCUUCCUCAAGCCUUAGAUUCCCACAUUUGGAAAUGUUACAGCUGGGCCCCAUAUGGAAAUCAUUAGUAUAGAAUGUGAAGAGUUGUGGACCUCGCACUGAUCCUUCGAGUUACAUACUGACAACCUGAGAGUGACAUGUUGAUUACUACUCUCUGCUUUCUGUCUGUUAACAGCGUCUUUACUCACAGCAGUAACUUAUCCUCAGUUGGAUGGCCCAUAUUUUCAUUUAUGACCCUGUGUCGGACCCUGGAAAAAUGUUCCGUACCCAUUGCUUCUCCUUUAUCAAAUGCAUCAAGUAACAUCCUCAAAAAUCUCCACCCGUUUGACAAACCAAAUUUCCACUUUUACAAUUCCAUAUUCACUCAGUCCAAUUUUAUCACACUUCCUUGAAUCGCCAGUUCUCAGACUCUUUAUAAAGAUAGACAAAUUUAACAUCUGACUGAUCUCAAACUAACAAAGCUGCAUUUCUCAAUUCUCCCUCUUCCUCACUUACUAAAUAGUGAGGUUUCACUUAUUACUUUUUAAUCACCAUGAAACUUACCAGAAUCUCUCCAACUUUGCAACGUAUUUCUUUCUCCCUCCCCUGUCUUUCUAGCCAUCUCUUUCAAUGCUCAGAAUUGAAUCUCAUUUUGCCCAAGGGCUUUACCAACCCUUCAUUCAGUUAGUCUUCCAACACAAAAUUCUCUACUCACUCCAAUUUGUUUUACUUCAUCUGUUUCACAACUCCCCGGUAUUUAUGGAAAAUUUUCUGUUCCUUCCUUUCACACUGACAGAUGCAUUUCCCUGUUGCUCAUUACACAUUCUCCUUUCCCUCAUAUACUAGGGAAACAGUUUUCCCUGGUAAAUUUUCCUUUUCCACAUUUUAAAAGAGGCUUAUUACAGUCUACCUUGAUAUUCCUAAUUAGCUUGCAUUCAUAUUCUCUUUUCCCUUUCUUGGUCCUCCUAAGCUGGAGUUCAAAUAACUCCCAGUCUCAGGUGUUUCGGAAUCGCAUAUGGAAGAAAACUGGGAAUACACUUUGAGAUAGAGGAUCAAUAAUGACCAUAUUGAAUGACAAACAUGACUUAAGUCUAUAUGGCCUACUCUAGUUGCUGGCUUCUAUGUUUUACAAGCCAUUUUUUUUCAAGUUCUGUGGAAUGGUCACUGAGCCGGAAACAUUAACUCUGAUUUUUAUCUUCACAGACGCUGCCAGACCUGCUGAGUUUACCAGCAACUUCUGCUUUUGUUCCUGAUUUUCAGCGUCCGCAGUUCUUUCAGUUUUUACUUUGUUUAUCGUCUUUAGUUAGUCACGUCUCAUUUACUUCCGGUUUUGGACAUCGACUAUAGAACAUGUAUUUCACAAAUUCCAUUGACCCUGAGGCUUUAACAAAUUGACACAAAGGGCACCUAAUCUCAAAAUCCUGCAUAACGAAUAUUAAAGAUUGCACUCUUCAAUUGAUUCUUUGUAUUUGCUACUCAAUUUGGUGAAUGUAGAGACACGAUUGGUAUCACAGAAAAUUAUUUUGGACAACUGGAAUUUAUUUCCCUCACUGUAAAUGCAAAAUGUACGUUAGUUUUGGAUCAAAAAUAUACAUAAAAUUAAAA